AUGUCCGACGAUGGCAUGAACAUCGACGAUGGCGGCGUCGUCAGAAGGAAGGGCAGAGGUUUCCAGAGCGCCGCAGGAAACGAGAGCGCCGUCACCUCGGAGCAAGUCUUCGACCGACUCGACUCCACGCAGACCUCAGAAACUCGCGCUGCCCGCUCCGUCGAAGGAUGGAUUGUAAUGGUCACCGGUGUGCACGAGGAAGCCACCGAAGAAGACGUCACAGACAAGUUUGCGGAAUUUGGUGAGAUCAAAAACCUCCACCUGAACCUGGACAGGCGAACGGGAUAUGUCAAGGGUUACGCCCUGGUGGAGUACGAAACGAUGGCCGACGCUCAGGCUGCAAUAGACGGCGCAUCCGGGACCCAGCUCCUGGAACAGAGCAUCCAAUGCGACUUCGCGUUUGUCAGGCCCCCGCCCGCAGGGCCGAAGAAGGGUCGCGGACGCGAGGGUCGGGGUCGGAGCGCCAGCCCAUCUCGUCGGAGGGGAGAGUAGAAUUGUGGGCGCGCGGCCUGCUACGGCCUCCCUGUCUCUCGUCGUUGUGCAACUAUCUCCGUCUGCUGCUCGCGGGUCCUACCUGUUCCUGUAAUGUAUUUUUCCGCUGCGAUCUGCACCCGUGUCCGAUUUUUCUGUAACAAAAUUGUCAUUACAUAUGGCACACGAUGCGUGUCCUC